AUGCAGCGAAGGCAAGGGCCGGGUGGCGCUCAGCCGGUCCGGUCUCGCCGGGGCGUGGUCAGACUUGGCAUAUCCCAUAUCGACUUCAUAUCAAUCCACUAUGUCUACUUCAUCAUUGUACCUUUACUCUGUUCCAUCAUUUUCUGGGCGUCAUCGGACCCGGAGUUCAGCAUCAGCUAUACGGACAGUUUAUUUUUGGUUGUGUCAGCUAUUACCGAGGCCGGGCUCAAUACCGUCGACCUCAGCAGGUUGACGACGUGGCAGCAAAUCUUGCUGUGCCUUUUGAUUCUAUUCGGCAGCGCUAUAUGGGUGUCAAUAUGGCUCAUUGUGGCUAGAAGACGUUCGAUUCGACGACUGUUGGAAACAGAUUGCCUUAAUCGGCUUGGGAAUAUCCGGCGGGAGGAAGGGCAACGUGUGGAAGACUCCAGCCAGCACGCUGCCGAGAGGAGCGUCAAUGUGUUUGAGAUCUGCAACAGCGACGGACUAUGGCUGAGGCAGGAGUCAGUAAGCAGGAAUGCGACAUGCGACGUUGCAACUGGAAUAACUCAACCCACAAUUACACCAGGGACGACAGCCUCCAAGGAAGCCAGUGAAUGCAUCGGACCUGAUUGUAGUCCACUUGAUUUUUUGACCAACAAGAGCGUUGACGGGAGGGGCCACUUCAUCAAUCUCACUAGCGAAGAGAGGCUACAUGUUCUUGGCAUCGAGCAUGACGCUUUGACAUUGCUGUCUCUUGUCGUGCCGCUGUAUUUCAUCCUAUGGCAACUUCUUGGCUGUCUCGGGCUCGGCGCCUGGAUUGCCAAUAACCUCCCCGGUCCAGCUGUGGCAAAUGGCAUUAACCCUUGGUGGCUGGGCAUAUUUAACGGAGUCUCUGCAUUCAACAACUCGGGCAUGUCGCUCCUCGAUGCGAAUGUAGUUCCUUAUCAAGGAGCCUACUAUGUGCUCAUUACCAUGAGCCUGCUGAUUCUUGUAGGAAACACAGCAUACCCUAUCAUCCUUCGGCUCAUAUUCUGGGUCUCCUUACACGGUUUAAGAUUAUUGUCAGCUAAACCUCGUGUUACCAAGUGGAAAUUAACCGUUGAGUAUAUUCUAAGGUAUCCCAGACGAGUGUCCACGAAUUUAUUUCCAGCAUGUCACACGUGGUGGCUGGUGUUUAUGGUUCUAUUACUCAAUGGAAUAGACUGGGCCGCGUUUGAACUUUUAAAUAUCGGGAAUCCUGUGAUUACAGCGAUACCUGUGGGGCCCCGUCUCUUAGACGCCGUUCGAUCCGGAGGCUUCUAUGUAGUCCCAAUCGCCAAAUUACACAUUGGCCUUCUCGUAUUAUAUGUUAUCAUGAUGUAUAUUUCAGCAUUCCCGGUCAUCAUCACCAUGCGCCACUCAAAUAUCUACGCAGAGCGCUCCAUAGGCACCUACACCACGAACGCCCAAGAAUCGGAUAUCAAUGGUUCAUCAACUCAAGACGGUACAGCGACGGAAUCUGGAAGCCUGUUCAUCUCACAGCAAAUCAAAGGCCAACUGGCACGUGACAUCUGGUUACUCGCUCUCGCCAUCUUCAUCAUUUCCGUGAUUGAAGCGUCACAUUUUAGAGAGGAUCCAGUUUCAUAUAGCGUCUUUAACAUUAUAUUCGAGGUUGUUUCGGCGUAUGGAUGUGUUGGCAUAUCUGUUGGUCUGCCGUCAGUGAAUUACAGCUUUUGUGGCGGCUGGCAUAGUGGCAGCAAGUUGGUGCUCUGCCUUGUUAUGUUGGGGGGUCGGCAUAGAGGUUUACCGGCUGCUAUGGAUCAUGCGGUACGCCUGGCUGGGAAACACUUGCAUUGGGAAGAGCAAGAGGAUGGUAUGGUUGGACGAAUAGUUUCACCGAAUUGGUGUUAA